CUAGCCGCUUUUAAUCUUCUCUCUGACACGGCAUUGGUCGCUUUCAGUUUUCAGAUGUAAUUGAUAUGUUGAUUUGUAUAACGUUCUGCGCGUUUUUUAGUCUAAUUUCUUAAAUAUUCUAAUUAGUUGGUUUUAAUUAUUUAGGACUUGAAUCAGUUUAAACUUGUAUAUGAAUAUGUCAGUUCAGCAAACUUCAAAGAUUGGAAUAGAGAUAGGAAAGACAUUAUAUCGUGUACCAAAGCCAUCUCGAUGGAAUAAAGGGAUUGGUGCUGAAUUGCCUCAAGAAUAUAAAAAAUUUUGGAAAGAAUGGAAAUUACAGCAGCCUGCUGCAGUUCAUUAUAUUGAGGAGAAAGGAAAAUACAAAAGAAAUGAUGAAACUGAGGAAGUCAUACCGGUACAAAAUGUACCAUUGCCUCUGUUCUAUACCAAGGAAAUGGACCAGGGUAUAUGGGGAGGAGAAGCCAUUGUGCAAGGUUUUCAAAAGAAGGGUAAAUUCAAGAGAAGAGUUCCUCGAUUUUGGAUACCUACUCUGAAAAAAUCUAUUGUUUAUAGCGAAGUUCUCAAUGAAUAUAUGAGAGUUGUUGUUACUGGUAGAACCAUCAACUUAAUUCACGAACAUUAUGGAUUCGACCAUUAUUUAUUAAAAACUCCGGCGUGUGAUUUGAGAUCUUUACUUGCCUUGAAAUUAAAGCGCCAGAUACUCAUUGCAUUGGCAGAUAAGACUCUGUAUCCUGACAAUCCAGAAAAGCGUGAAGAAGUGUACGAUAAAUAUAAGCAAUAUCUAUCAACUUAUACAAGAGAGGAAAUAGAGUGGUAUGGUUUAUCAUAUAAAGAAGCCUCACUAAAAUGGAUAAAAUUGAAGCAAAAAGAUCCGCAACCAUUAAAAAUCCAAUAUAGAUCGGAAUUAAUUGCUAAACUUAAGGAAAAUAAAAUCAAAGAAGCCGAAAAUGUAGAUGUUAUAUCACCAGAGGAAACUAGUUCGUCCUGGUUGAAUAAGCUAAAUCCUUUCUCCAAAAGCUCAAAACCUGAGUAGAUAUGUAAUGUUGUGUUUAUAUAAUUUGUAGUAUG